AGCGGCGUCGGUGGUGUAGUGGUAAGCGUGGUUGCCUCUCACCCCAGUCGGUCUAGGUUCAAUCCUAGUCGACGCCGUCGGUAUUUCUGAGACAAAAAUAUCUGAUCACGCCUUCCCUCGGAUAGGAAGUAAAGCCGUAGGUCCCGGCCCAUGUGUUGAUGGGUUCGAUAUGUAGGGUGUCAGGUGUGUGUGGAUGUCUCCCUGACCGUCCGUGUUUAGGCUUAGUACCAGAAAUAGGCGGACGUUAAACUAGAGCUGAUGCCGAACGGUGUCGGCUCGCCAGAAAUAAGAAGAAGAAGAAGAAAGCGCUCGUGGUUUUCCUUUGCAAGCAGCAUGUUUCGAAAUUUCGCUGGCGUUGCUCUCGUUUUGUUCGUACACAUGUGAGUUUUGAAUUUAGUUCCAAAAAUGAAGCUUAAAACGGAAGGCAAGGGUGGCAAAUUGCUCGACAAAACGGUGUUCAAAUUUUUCGACAAACUCAUCAGCGAAGACGAGAAUGUCCGAGUGAGGGGAGCCUCUGAGCUGAUACAGUUCCUGUCGGUUGGCGGUGAUGGAAACGCAGAGGAUAAGCACGAAAAAGAGAGGGCCUACGCGCUCAAACGGUUGAUUCGCGGUGUCGGUUCCAACAACCAUACUUCCCGUGCCGGAUUCUUCACUGCAUUGGUCGGGUACCUGGAACAAGUGAAGCAAAGCGAUUGUUGUCCCACCAUAACAGAACUCUUCAAAUUGGUGAAAUCAGAACUGUCCGAUACCGAUAAGGGAGAGGACGAUAACCAACAGACCAAGUUGGAACUGAGAGUAGGAAAGGUGUCGGUAUGCGGCGCAAUUAUCAACUCUGGUUUGAUAGAGAACGCCUCCGACAUGGAACUUCAGACGGUGCUGAAGACACUGAAAAAGGGAAUGUAUAAAAUGGUCACGCCGUUUGCAAUUAUGUACCUCAGUGAACUUGUUCAAAAGAUUGACUCCAAAAAGUUCACAACAGUCUUAUGGCCCGUUAUUGAACCCGUUGUAAAUGUACCGAAAGCUGAACACACGAUGGAUACCAUUUACUUUCUACUAGCAGCUUCUUCGAUCCACAAAAAGUCGGUGAAUCAAAAGUUUUUCGAAAGCAAUUUUAAUGCGCCGCAUUUGAUUCACGAGAGGAAUUACGAGUUUUUGGCAAAUCUUCUGUGGGACAUCAAGAACACAUUGACAAUAAAUCACCCACUGUACGAUUUUCUGAUCGAACAACUGGUGAAACAGAAUCAAGUGGGUGUCUUCUGGUCUCAAGGCGUAGAUCCCAUUCUUGUGAAUGAGAGCAGCACUCACAAAUUCAAGGAUCUUGUUGCGCUACGAGUGUUUAUCACAGUGCUCAGCAAACUAGAGAAUGGAUCGUGUAUUCCGGAUCUUUUGAGCAUAGCUUUCCUGGAAAUGCUAAUGAAGAAAGUGAAACAAUUCAAUCAACUUAGCGAGGACGUUCGAGACCUGUACCAGGAAGCAUUUGAGAGCCUAACUCAGUGCUAUCCGAAAAUAACUGAUGAGCAAGCAAAACUUGCCAUUUUUGAAAGGUUGGUUACACCCCCUAGUAGCAUAUUGAUCGAAAAGUAUGCGUCCAACAAGAUUAUUCAGAAUCUGUUAGCGACUAUGAACGCGGAAAGUAUAAAGAAGGCCGCCACUGUUUUGGAGAAACUCGUUCUGGCCAGCGAUCAUCCGGAAGUGUUGAAUUCCGAACGGAUUCACGCGGCGCAAGCCUUACAGAAAUUGCUUUCGAAUCGGAAUCUAACCACUGAAAUCGAGUGGCGGACAGGCAUUGUUAGGUUUCUGCUAAAUUUAGGACUCUUUUAUUCGGCGGACGGCAAGAAGGUGAUUAAGAACACGAAAAAUCAUUCUACAGCAAUAUCAGCAGAAUUAGUCCCAACAAUGAAAUCGGCAUUUUUCCAUUGUCUUGAACAACGUCACGCUAAACUGGCAGACGAAAAAGCCUUCCUUCUGUCGAUAGUAGACCAUGUGCAUGAUGUGUUGCAAACCAUAGGAAAUAAGGCACUGCGAGCGCAACUUAGCGAGGAGCAUCUGGAGCACUGGAACCGAAUGUAUGUCGUUGUUCACGCGAAGGAUAAAAAGGAUAAAAAACUGAACAACGUUUUCCACAUACUGUUAAUGUACAUGGGUCUUCAUCUGUUCAGCGAUCCGGAUCUAGCCAGCAGCUCGAUAGCUGAGUUGGAAAGCGUCAUGAAGCGAGUGAAGAGCAAGAAGGCGAGCUCCAAGAUGGAAAUCAGUAACCAAAAUGGAAAAACUGCCGAGCCGGAAUGGAUCGAAGUGGUGAUCGAUUUGUUCCUGAAUUUGAUGUCCCAGAACUCACAUUUGCUUCGCAAAGUCAUUGGACAUAUAUUCCCUCACCUGACGGGUGAAAUGACACUCACUGCUUUCAAUCAGAUUCUGUCGGUUAUCAAUCUGAAGGACAAAACUAAUCCAUUGACCGCUGGUGAAGGUGACGAUAAUGACGAAGAAGGAGACAAUGAUGACAAAAUGGAUGAUGGUGACGACGACAGCGAUGAAGACUCUGAUGACAAUGAAUCAGAUGCCGCCAGCUCGGAUACUGAAAAUGACGACGAUGAUGAGGACGACCAGUUUUCCGGUGACGAUGAUGAUGAUAAAGUUACGGACAAAAUGCGCAUGGCAAUUCAAGCCGCCCUGGGAGGUGCCAAUCCGGAAACCGACACCGAAUCGGUCGAUUUAGACGACAUGGCGGAAGAAGAGGGCCGUAAACUGGAUGAAGCCCUGGCGGCUGCAUUCAAGAUGUACAAACAGUCGAAGAAGACGAAACCAACGAAAGCGGAGGAAAGAAUAGAAACAACUCUCAGCCAUUUCCGGAUGCGGGUGUUUGACCUAAUCGACGCAUACCUCAAGAAUGGACCGAAUAUGGUCAUAUGCCUGGAGUUGAUGCUGUACAUUUUUGAGAUGCUUCCAGUGGCCAUAAAAGAAACAAAACACAAACAGAUUCUGGAACGAUACCGGCAGGUUUUCAAUAACUUAGUGAAAGUUAAGAACUUUAACGUCGACGUUAAAGACGUGUCAGCCGAGCAAUUACCUCAGAUCUUGACUGAUUUGAUGGAAAAGGUGGCCAAGGGUUCGUCAUUUCCGGAAAAGAACCAAUACAUUCUGAAGGCAUGCCAGUUCAUUGUGAUAUGUUCCCAACUGAUAGAGAAGAACAGCGAAAAUCGCAAAGCUACCAAUAUCGACAAAAUAUUCGGAAAAUAUCUGAAUGAAUUUAUUGUCGAGCGAAAUCCUGCUUUAACAUUGAACGUUUUCCAGACACUACUCCGUAUGAACUGGUCAGGAAACUGGUACAUGGUUAAGACCCUAGCGGAUAAUGGACUCAAAAAGGAAGUCCGAACUGUUCGCAAAACACAAUCUCUUUUGUUGUUGCGAGAAUUCGUAAGGAAUCGAAGGUUGAUCAGUUCCAAUCCUCGCGCGAUCCAGGAAACGUUUAAAUAUGUCGUUGCAAACAUGAACUCCUACAUGAAGGAAGCACAGCAAUCAUCCACAGUGUCGCAAAACGAGUUCAACGAACUUGUUCAGCUGUUACAAGAACUGCACAGUCUUGAAAAACAGCAUCCCGACGCGAUUUCUGUUCCUUGGCAGAAAAUCGGCGACAACCUGCAAAAAUUGCGAAAGUUCAACUUGAACUCGCAAAUCAUGAACCAAUAUGUGCGAGUUUGUAAACUGUUGCAGCUGGAACCUAUCAGGAAUAGUGAACAUGCACAACAGAACGGCAAAAAGCCCAAAGCUAACGGAAAAUCAACCCACGGUGAUUCACAAGAUGAAGCACAAGAGGAAGAAGACGAAGUUGAAGAGUCUACCACCAAUGGCAGCGUGAAGCGGAAGAAGAAGGGCACGUCACUGAAACAGAAACGACUCAAGAAGGAGGAAAGGCUGAAGGCUGCAUCGCAAGGUCUGGAAUCGGUGUCUUUUAUAAAUGUUGAAUAGGCUUAGCAUAGAUGAACGCGGUAAGUCUAUACAUGAUGUGAAUAAAUUUGAAAAAUAUA